AUGUCGGCGACGGGGCCCAUCAGUAACUAUUACGUGGACUCGCUCAUCUCCCACGACAAUGAAGACCUCCUAGCGUCCAGGUUUCCGGCCACCGGGGCUCACCCCGCCGCCGCCAGACCCAGCGGCUUGGUGCCGGACUGUAGCGAUUUUCCGUCCUGUAGCUUCGCGCCCAAGCCGGCCGUGUUCAGCACGUCGUGGGCGCCCGUGCCCUCGCAGUCGUCCGUGGUGUACCACCCGUACGGCCCCCAGCCCCACCUCGGCGCCGACACGCGCUACAUGCGGACUUGGCUCGAGCCGCUGUCCGGCGCCGUCUCCUUCCCCAGCUUCCCGGCCGGCGGCCGCCACUACGCCCUCAAGCCGGACGCCUACCCCGGGCGCCGCGCCGACUGCGGCCCGGGCGACGGCCGCAGCUACCCGGACUACAUGUACGGCUCGCCCGGGGAGCUGCGCGACCGCGCCCCGCAGACCCUGCCCUCGCCCGAGGCGGACGCGCUCGCCGGCAGCAAGCACAAAGAGGAGAAGGCCGACCUGGACCCCAGCAACCCCGUGGCCAACUGGAUCCACGCCCGCUCCACGAGGAAGAAGCGCUGCCCCUACACCAAGUACCAGACGCUGGAACUGGAGAAGGAGUUUCUCUUCAAUAUGUAUUUAACCAGGGACCGUCGGUACGAGGUGGCCCGGGUUCUCAACCUCACCGAGCGGCAGGUCAAAAUCUGGUUUCAAAACCGGAGGAUGAAGAUGAAAAAGAUGAAUAAAGAGAAAACCGACAAGGAGCAAUCCUAAACCCUGCCCGGCCUGCUGCCUCGGCACAGCCAAGGGAAAAACAAAAAAACCCACAAAAAAACCCAGCCCAGGCGGGAGAGAGCAAGAAAAAGGAAAGGAAAGAGCAAGAUAGAGAAAAGCCAAUCAGCUUAAAAAGAAAAAAAAAAAGGAAAGGGAAAAGGAAAACUCUUGCGAUUUGGGAGGGUUCAGUGUUGAAAAAUUGGUGUUUUAGAGUUAGUUCUACCCAGCGAGGAUCAGGAGGCGGGGAGAGAAGCCGCAUUCUCUUCUUCUGCGCAACUGAAAUAAAUGACACACACAAUGUGAUUUUUUUUCUCCUUUCUUCAGAGAAGCCAGUACUUGAAUCGCUAUAUUUCUAUUUUUUUUCCUGUAUCAUAUUUGGUCCGGGCCAUCUCUCCCCAGGCCUGGGGUGCUCUGCGUGCAGAUUUUGUACAAAAAAAAAGAUACACAUACAUACACAAUAACGAGUCCCAGCCCAGGAGCUGAGGGGCGAGGGCCGGGGAUGGUGCCGCAGGCUGGGUCCAGCGCACAGGCCGGUGCCUCGGGCAUGUACAUAGCAGUGUUUCCUAUCAUCCCCAGCGUCCGUCCUGUAACGUGCUUCUGUUUGUUAUGGUAGAACAGCUCUGUGU